GUCAUUCCGGGUGACGUCACGAGCCGGUUGUUUGACGGGGUGGCUGCUGCAGCGCCGUGACCAUAGACUAGAAUAUGACCGACAAUGACCUCGACCGAAGCUUGUAUUAGCCUUUUACUUACCUCGCUCUGGAUUCGACAUUUCUAAAGAAACGGUUUAAUGGUUCGUAUUGUUUUUCUCACAUAAGCGCGUUUUGUGUAUGUCAUUAGCCUCGAGCCUGUUCUUACCCCGAGAGACAGAUUCAGCGCGUGUUUGUUUAAGGCUCGCUUCAAGCUUACCAAAAUCGCGUAUUGUACAAAAAAAAAUGGACAAAGCCAAAUCAAUUAUUGACCAGAACGGAGCGGGUCCCUGUUACACAAACGGCAUGCACAAGCCAAUCCGACGACAGCUGAGCAACGGCAGCUGUAGCCCGUUUACCAUUACGGACGACCACCAUCUUCAUCAUCAAGACCCCCAAACCAACGGGUCCCCGGCGAAGAAGUGCCGGCUGCGGAGGCGCCUGGAAUCUGCGAGAAAAAACAGACCACCCUUCCCAUGGUUCGGGAUGGACAUCGGAGGUACUUUAGUAAAACUUGUCUACUUUGAGCCAAAAGACAUCACUGCGGAAGAGGAACAGGAGGAGGUGGAAAAUCUGAAGAGCAUACGCCGUUACCUCACCUCCAACACGGCUUACGGCAAAAGUGGUGUCCGUGACGUUCACCUUGAACUGCGCAACCUAACCAUCUGCGGUCGCACAGGAAACCUGCACUUUAUCCGCUUUCCCACUACUGGCAUGCAUAGAUUUAUUCAGAUGGGCAGAGACAAGCACUUUUCAAGCCUGCACACCACACUGUGUGCCACUGGUGGUGGAGCUUACAAGUUUGAGAAUGACUUCAGAACGAUGGCAGACCUAGAGCUGCUGAAGCUGGAUGAGUUGGACUGUCUGAUCCAGGGACUGUUGUACAUAGACUCGGUUGGCUUUAAUGGUCAUCCAGAGUGCUAUUAUUUUGAGAACCCGUCUGACACACAGAACUGCAUCAAGAGACCCUGUUGUCUUGACAACCCUUUCCCCAUGUUGCUGGUUAACAUUGGUUCGGGCGUCAGCAUUCUGGCAGUGUACUCCAAAGACAACUACAAACGUGUGACAGGCACAAGUCUCGGGGGUGGGACGUUUUUAGGGCUGUGUUGUCUUCUGACGGGUUGCGACACAUUUGAAGAAGCCCUUGAGAUGGCCAGUAAAGGUGACAGCACCAAUGUGGACAAACUGGUAAAGGAUAUCUACGGGGGAGACUACGAGCGUUUCGGGCUGCAGGGGUCAGCUGUGGCUUCAAGUUUUGGGCAUAUGAUGAGCAAAGAGAAAAGAGACAGUAUUUCUAAAGAGGACCUGGCACGAGCAACACUCGUCACCAUCACCAACAACAUCGGCUCCAUUGCACGCAUGUGUGCAGUCAAUGAGAAAAUUGAACGGGUUGUUUUCGUCGGGAACUUUCUUCGCAUAAACACAGUGUCAACAAAGCUUCUUGCCUAUGCUAUGGAUUUUUGGUCCAAGGGCCAAAUGAGGGCCCUUUUCCUAGAACAUGAGGGGUACUUUGGAGCUGUUGGUGCUUUUUUAGAACUGCUGAAAUCGUCUUCCGACGACUAAAGGAAAGGCAUCUUUGUCUGAUUAUCCAGAAGCAGCUUCAAGACUUCCACACGGAAGCCCCAACAGGAAAACUGGAUACUGGGAACACUAGGAAAUAUUGAAAGAAGCCAUUAUAGUAAUUAACUGUAAAUAACUGUUAAAAGACGGUUUUAAAAACAUUUUUAUGACUAAUUUUGUCUCUCUCAGACUGGUGACUCUAACCGAACAUUUUUGUUUUCUUAUUGUAUGGUUUGUAAAUAGCUCUGUUGUAUUAAUAGCUCAAAUGUUUAAAUGACCUUGUUCUUGAGCUGCCGCCAGGUAAGAGUGGCACUUCUGUAUUUCAACGUUCUUUGUCCCUGUGCGCUGCUAAACAGUGGACCUUAAAACUUCUCUUUAGAUCCCAAAAAAUGUUUAACAUUGUUUUAAAAGUCUUGGGUUCUAUGUUGAAUAGGUCUGUUGUUUAGGACAAGGACCUGGUGUAAGAUUUCUGCACAGUAUGGAACAAACUUUUCUUCACUGCUGUUCGUGGUUUUUCAUGCAGUUAUUUAAAUGGGAAUCAUAAAAGAAGUAUUUGUACAUUAAUUCACACAAAGCCUUUAAUUUUAAAGGAUAUAAAGAAAGCUCAGGGUGUCUCACGUGGUUUUAAUUUUGAAACGGAAUUCUGUGGGACCAAGUGGCCAAUUUGAUAUUAUCAGUUCGGUUAGGAAAUUUCUUUAAUGUCCCACAUGUGGUAUGACCUGAUAUGUAGCACGAGUUAAAUACACUGAUUUUAAAAUUGUCCUUCACAGAGUGGCCCAGUUAUCUGUGUGAUUUUGUUAUCCCUGAGAUUUUGGUGUUGCAGUUUUUCCUUAACCAAAGUAACUUUACAAUCAUUUUUAAAACAAGAGCGUAUGGUUAUAUGUACAGUAUAUUUGCCUUCUUCCUGCAUGUGGUCCAAACAGAUAGUUGCAGAGUUCAAAGUUCCCUCACCAUUCAAAUAUCAAACAUGUUUAGACAGUUCAAUGGCUUUCCAUUGUGUGCCAAACUGUAAACGGGAGAACUCAAACCCGAAAACCAGCCAAUACCAACACUCUUGCUUUGUCAGGCCAUGUACCACAGGGUGACUCCUUGCUUUAGAGUAUUUUUAAGAUGAAUAUUAGUUGACCUAAUAUAAUAUAUUCUGCUACCGAGGCAGAAAAUACAUUUAAGCAUUUUUUGUUUUCAACUUAUGUGAAGUGUUGAGAAAAAUUGCACAUCUUUGUAUACUUAUGGCUUUAUUUGGACUUGUAUAUAUGGUAUAAAUGUGUUUUAGAUACACAGUUUGCAGUUAACUUUAUUAACAUUCAUUGUGUAAUAACUUCAUAGAGCUGUAUGCUUUACCCAAACAUAGCUGCAACCAGUCUUUAUCAUUAGCUUUUAUUACAAAAAAGUCAACUUUAUGUUUAGUACACGUGGGAGAGGUCCUCUUAUAAAAAUAUAUAAUGUUACUGGUAUUUCUUAUUGUUAUACCAAUAAGCAGCAGUAGCAGCACUGGUCAGAUGCAAAUAUCUAAAAUUGUACUGUGAAACAACAAUACCGCUGACUGAAAGUUUGUAUUGGUGUAUAUAAUGAAAGAUAAUUUUUGAUUUGCUGUAUGGUUCGCUUUCUCUAAAUAGUGGUUAAACGUGUCCUCUUGCUAUGCAUAAGAAUCAGUAGCCCAGAAUGUUGUUUGCAGCAAUUUGGCUAAGAGAGUCUGACUGCUUUUCUCAGAAAUCUGGCUGCUCAUGUUUUGUCUCGGCCACUAUUCUGUUAUACAGAAUUGAAAAGACUGGGAACUUUUAGGGAGGGGGAGGAGGGGUUCCUUUGUCUUUAAAACUUUUUGUGUUUUUCUUGGGCUCCUGCUGACAGUUUCGAGAAAUUAUUCUUUGUUUUGCUUGUUUGACGCUAAUUUAAUGGGACAUUUUGUGCUGUUGUAUCAGUUUGUACAAAUCUGUAUAUAUUUAUGUCUUUCCAUUUCUCUGAAGUAUCUACAGUCACUGUAUUUUUCUUCUUAGUGAAAUUUGUGACUUCACUAUAAAAAUGGGAGACACUUCUGUUUGCAUCACUGGGUUUAAUGGAUGAUGAGACUUUAGAAAGGACAUUUUUAGAGACUAAUAAAAGUUUUAAACAGA